UAUCCUGCGACUAAACGUUUACGCGACACACAGGGCACAGCAAUGGCGAGCGGUAAGAAAAGUGCUCUACUUUCGUCGUUGGCAGAUUAUGGGGACGAUACAGACCCGGAUUCUGAUCCAGAACCAGAGCCAGAGGAGUCAGGGAGCCGUGGAGGUGGUCUGGUGUACAGCUAUGGAGAUGAUGAUUUGAACCGAACUGAGGAUAUAGAAGACAAGGGGUCUGCAGAUGAAGACAGUAGGGAAAGCAACUCGGAGAUGGACGAAUCUGACGAGGGGAGGGACGCAGAUGAUGUUGAGAUCUCUGAAGCAGAAAUAAAGGAUCCCAAUGAACUAGUCGCCCUUUUCUCAGAGAAGGUGAGGAACAUGUCACCAGAUGACAUCCGGAUCCCACCCGAGCCCGCUGGACGCUGCUCCACCCAGUUACAGGAGAAGAUCCACAAGCUGUAUGAGAGGAAGCUACAUGGAGAUUUUGAUACAAAUAGCCACAUUCAGAAAAAGAAAGAAUUCAGAAACCCAAGUAUUUACGAGAAGCUCAUUCAGUUCUGUGGUAUUGACGAACUUGGAACAAAUUACCCAAAGGACAUGUUUGAUCCUCACGGUUGGUCGGAAGACUCUUAUUAUGAAGCUCUAGCCAAAGCCCAGAAAGUGGAGAUGGACAAACUGGAGAAAGCCAAGAAGGAGCGGACUAAGAUUGAGUUUGUCACGGGAACUAAGAAAGGCACCAACCCCUCGAGCACUGCAGCCUCCACCACCAGCAACACAACCACCACCACAGCUACAGCAGAGGCCCAGAAAAGGAAAAGCAAAUGGGACUCUGCGAUCCCAGUGACCCUGGCCCAGCCCACGCUCAUCACCACCACAGCAACACUGCCAGCUGUCGUCUCUGUGACAACCACCGCCAGCGGCACCAAGACCACUGUUAUCUCUGCAGUGGGUACCAUCCUAAAGAAAGCAAAGCAGUGAAUACAAGAAAUGGACAGGAGCAUAUCUGAACUAAGGACUGACACAAAACUGUUUCUCUGUUUGGUAUCUAUGUAAAAAAAAAAAAUGCAGAGACAACUGAACUAUGUACAAUCUCCAAAGCUUCUCUGCUACACUGGGACUAAUUUAAAGACUUACCUGCCUUCUGUCUCUGGGAUUGUAACUGCAACUUUGCAUAAAGCAUGCUAACUUUGGGGAAACAUCCCUAAAAUCUGAUGCAUGCAGAUCUCACGAUAGAAUCCAACACUUCCGUUGGAAGUCUCUUUCUGUUUUUAGAUAUUUCAGCAACAGAUAUUAGUGUAAAACAGUCAAGGGAGCAGAAAAUAAGAGCGUGAUGAUGGUUAAAUAAGAAAAAGAUCAGAUCAAAAUGUUUUAUUUUUUUAUUCAUAGUUUUGGUGUGGUAUUUUCAUGUCUCCUAUAGCAGUAAAUAUGUACCAACUAGUUCAAUGUGGCAACAAUUUUUCAGUGUUUUUUCCCUCCUUUGGCAGUCCGAGGUAAGGUUUUUUACGCUUGUAUAUAUGUAUUACUGAUAAGGUGAAUAAAUGAAUCAAAUGUUGCCUUUUCAUUUA